UAGGAAUUGUAACGCUGUGACGCAAACGCUCACUUCCAUGUUUAACAACAAAGGAUGAUGAAUAAAUGAAGUUUGAAGAUGCAUUUCAGCUUCGUGACCACGGUCCUCUGGGGGUUAGCUAUCUCGCUUAAGUGUUUGCAACUUUACAAGUGCAAUUAAACCGGGAAUGAACGGUCCGGUCAAAACCUGCAAACCGUGACUGCAGACGCUCUCUUUUCCAUGUGUUAAAAUGAUUCGCAUUGCAGCUCUAAAUGCUGCUGCAACAGCUGCAGAUGAGUCUCAGGACCCAUUGAGAAGCAGCAAGAGUCAGACUAAAGAGGCCCAAGAAGCUGAGGCGUUUGCUUUAUACCACAAAGCGUUGGAUCUGCAAAAACAUGACAAGUUUGAGGAGUCGGCUAAAGCCUAUCAUGAGCUUCUCAAAACUCCACUGCUCAAAGAGGCCAUGCCCUCAGAUGAUCAGAGAGUGGGUCUCAAGCAUCCCGGGCUGAUGUUGAAAUAUUCAACUUUUAAAAACUUGGCUACUAUGUCUGCAUUGCGGGAUGACCUUGAGACAGCUAUGGAGUUUUAUUUGGAGGCAGUGAUGUUGGAUUCCACUGAUGUGAACAUGUGGUACAAAAUAGGUCAGGUGGCGAUGCGACUGGUGCGCAUUCCUCUAGCUCGUCACGCGUUUGAGGAGGGACUUCACUGCAACCCAGACCACUGGCCGUGCCUGGAUAACCUCAUAACUAUUCUCUACACACUUAGUGACUACACUUGCUGCUUGUACUUUAUUGCCAAAGCCCUGGAGAAGGAUCAUUGUUACACUAAAGGCCUGGUGUUGAAGGAAAAAAUCUUUGCAGAGCAGCCAUGUCUAAAGAGGGACACGAUGCAGAUGUUCAUGAAAUGCGACAUGUCUAUUCACUAUGUGGAAGUGGAGGAAGAAGAGCGCAAAUCCAUUGUAGAGGAGGCACUGGAGAUACGGAGGCGCAGGCAGGCUCUCUCUCACUGUGAACCAAAACCUGACCUCGUUCUAAUUCAGCCCAUCCGCUGCCUCUCAUGGAAGCAUGUGGGCGAAAGCUUUCUUGAAAUGUACAGACAUCAGACCACAUGUCAGCCACCACGGCCGAGUCUUGGGCGCAGAAUCGACUUGUCAGAGUACCGCGACCCAAACUUCCUCCAGAACCUCCCCCAACCAGCCAGCCCAGUCAGUAUGGGCCAGACCACUGUCCUGAGCAGCAGUCCCAGUUCAUCCCUACCACCAGUGACCUUCACUGAACCAGCAGUUAUGUCUAUAUUCACUACGCAACCUCAAAUCACCCCCACCCAGACCACUGUGGAGGUCACCACUUCUGCUCCUCCUGUUGCUACAGCAAUGGACGUUACACUGACUGAUAAAGUUAAGAAGGCUCCAAAAAGGAAACGUGUCAUAGAAGAUAGUGGGGAGACGGCCAAGCGACGUUCAGCACGCGUUCGAAACACGAAGUGCAAGAAGGAAGAGAAGAUUGACUUUCAGGAGCUGCUUUUUAAAUACCUACCUUCCAGGCUAAGGAAAUUUGAUCCUGAUAAUGAUGAUGAGAGUCUGAGUAAUCUGGAGACACAGUGUGAUGGGAAGGAGGACAUACAGCCUCUACAUGGAAAUUGUUUGCCUGUUGACUCGGUUGAAUACAUGGAGUCUGAACAAGAGGAUGUCCACAAGUUCCUGCUCAACAGUAUGACCAAUGGUGGUAUACUGGACCUGAUGAUGCGUUAUCUGAAAGCAGUGGGUCAGAAGUUUAUGGAGAACUGGCCUCGAGGACUGACUGCUGUGGUGCUGGAGGUCUAUCAGACCUGGAGGAAGCACAGCAGUGGUCUUCCUAACCCGCUGCUUCGGGACUGCAGCAACCAGCACAUUCGGGAAAUGCUGGCAAUGAGCUUGGCGUGUAUGGAGUUGCAGUUGGAGCAAUCAUUACACAACAAAGGGAAAACGGAAUCAAGUUGGUGUUAUACCAGUCCACUGGUUGCUUUACAUCCUGUCUAUAUUCCAGGUCUUACCCCAAGAAGAAACGCCAGUGGUCCCAGCAGCGAUACUGACUCAGAAUUCCCUGGGCAGCACUUCCAGGGUGAUAUGUUGCUCCUGGCCCUCGGUUCAUCCCAAAGAGACCUGUUUGAGGACGACUGGCUAGAUGUUAUGGUACGAGUCUACUGGCUGAAGGCACGAUUUUUGGCCUCACAGGGAGAUAUGGAAUUGGCCCUUGAGAGUUAUGAUGUCUGUGUAGGCCUGUUGCAAAGUAAACCAAAGACACCAGACGGGAAAUACUACACAAUAAAUCUGCCUAACCUACGUGUUGAUGCAGCAAUUUCUGUGGAAGAGAUUGACAAAAGGCUCAAGUCUCUGGAGCGUUGUCAGUCUUUGGAGGAGAUCCAGCGUCUCUUUGAAUCAGCAGACUUUGAGUCUGUGGUGCGUCUGCUGCAGCCCACACUAAAUUAUGGAAACAGGAGCAAAUCUCUGGAGUUUGUGAGCUCAGCACCUGAACGCCCUGCACAACUGAUGCUGCUGCAGAAUUCGCUGCUGAAGCUGCAGGACUACCAGCAGUGUCUGGAGUACAGCGAGCUGGCUUUGAAUGAAGCCCUGCAGCAACUCAACUCUGCUCCAAACAGCUCUCCCCCUAGCAAGGAGGAGUGGGUCAUCACCAUUGGAAAGUUGCUAGAUGGCAUUGAGACCUGCUUCACCAAAGAGACUGAGCUUCUAAGCAAAGUUCCCUACUUUUCUAGUAUGGCUCGACUGGCAAACAACCUAAUUCAGUUGAUUGAUCUUAGCAUGGCCAUAUCUGAUGAUCCGAAGGAACCGUAUUUCUUCUCGGUGCUGCCUUGGAUUAUCCUGUAUCGCAUCAUCAAACACGAAGAGGCUGCUUUUGACUGCAUGCUUCGACAACAUAUGUCUGUGGGAGACGACGAAGAUGACUCAGAUACUCCCAUGUUGCCCUCCUCCCUCAUGCUUCUGAACACAGCCCACGAGUAUCUUGGCCGUCGUUCCUUGUGCUGCAACUCAGAGGGUGCACUCCUGAAGUUCUAUGUUCAGGUCCUGGAAAAAGAGUUUGCAGCCCCUACGAACAAUGAAGCUCAUCCCUAUAAGGAGGAAUUGGAGAUGGCCUUGGAACAGUGCUUUUUCUGUCUGUAUGCGUAUCCUAGUAAGAAGAGCAAGGCCCGCUACCUUGAGGAUCACUCAUCUCCACAGGUUGAGCUUCUCUGGAGUGACACCCUCUUCAUGUUCCAGUAUUUCAAACCUAAGUCUCUGCCUGAGUUCGACAGCUAUAAGACCAGCACAGUAUCUGCGGAACUGGCCAAUCUGCUCAGGAGGUUCGCUAGCAUCGCCCCCACCAGUGACAUUCCCACCCUCACCAUGGAUGAGGUGGCAGCCUACAUCGAGGACACGACAGAAAAGGCCCCGAGCUUUCCCGAUGGCAGCGCUCCUGCGCCUCCGAUCAUCAAUGAGAUCUACUACCUGUUGGCUGAUUAUCAUUUCAAGAACAAGGAGCAGUCCAAAGCCAUCAAGUUCUAUUUGCAUGACAUAUGCGUGUGUCCUAACAGGUUUGACUCCUGGGCUGGUAUGGCUCUAGCCAGGGCCAGCCGUAUCCAGGACAAGCUAAACUCAAACGAGCUGAAAAGCGACGUACCCAUUUGGAAGCACUCCCAGGCCGUACUCAACUGCUUUAAGAGGGCCCUGGAGAUUGACAGCUCUAACCUGUCUCUGUGGAUCGAGUAUGGUAACAUAUCCUAUGCACUGCAUUCGUUUGCUUCACGGCAGCUCAAACAGUGGCGUAAUGAGCUCCCCCCAGAUGUGGUUAAACAGAUGGAAGAAAGGAGAGACUCCAUGUUAGGGACAGCGUUUAAGUGUUUCCAGGGGGCUUCCCGUUGCGAAGGUGAUAGUGAUGAAGAAGAGUGGCUUAUUCACUACAUGCUGGGGAAGAUCGCAGAGAAACGGAAACAACCUCCAGUGGAAUAUCUGCAUCUUUACAAAAAGGCAGCACACUAUCUGCACGAAGAAGCUGCCAGGUACCCCCGGAAAAUCCACUACCACAAUCCUCCCGACCUGGCCAUGGAGGCCUUGGAGUUGCAUUUUCGCCUGAGUGCCACCAUCCUAAAACUCCUAGAAGCUAAUAAACCUGACCUGGAACACGAGCUCUUGUUUAAUUUGCUGGUUGAGGCAGCUACAGGUCCUUUUGCGAGGGGGGAAGAGAAGAGUAUGCCAAGCAUGCCAAGGGCCCAUGAAAAGGAAAAACCCCCCUCUGUGACGGACGAAGACUUUAAUUGUUCCUCAGUUUGCAUAGGGAACGUUCUCACCCCCUCCGUACCGUCAGCUGCCACCCCAGGUCUGACAUCCCCUCCUUAUGUGGCCACGCCAUUUGACCAUGAUUACGCCAAACGCAAAACACUCCGAAGGCAGCAGUGGCAGCAGCAGCGGCAUGAGGAGCAGCAGGCUGAUGCCUCACCAGAGUUUGACCAUGAUUACUGCCUGCCCAGGUCUCCAAUAUGGCUGGCUUCCCUGAAUGAGCGAAGUCAGGACAGUGAGGUGGUGUUGCUCUCUGACUCAAACUCCACCCAGGAUGCCUUCACAGAUCCCGCCAGCUCACAAGACAGCAGCCACAAACCUGCCUCUGGGAAAACCAGCUCAUCCUCAUCAGAAAGCACACCUGUAAAAGACGGCCAGGCUGCGUCUGAGGACACAGCCUCACGUGGUGAACACGCUGGACUCCAGACCGAGGAAAAAAUCAUCCAGGAGGUCGUGGACACUGUGGUGGUGGUCGUCCCUGAGGCUUUAGCCCCCAGGGUCUCUGUAGAUCCCUGCCCGCACCCUCUCCCUGUCCCGGCCACCCCCCCGAAGUCGGCUUCCUCUCAGCCGGCCGCUUCUCAGUCCCUGACCAGCGAGGGGAAGAAAAAGCCGGAGCCCCCCGCCGAGGUGAUAGAAGUGCCCAAAGCCCUGCCCGCAGAGCACGCGGAUCAGAGGCGCAUGCUCGUGGAGAUGUGCGUCCGCGCUCUCUUUCUCUGCCUCGGCCGCUUCCCCCAGCACUACAAGAGCCUCUACCGCCUGGCCUUCUUCUACAGCAACAGCAAGACUCAUCAGCAGAAUCUACAAUGGGCCAGAGAUGUGUUGCUAGGAAGCAGUGUCCCAUGGCAACAGCUGAAGCACAUGCCAGCACAAGGACUUUUCUGUGAAAGAAACAAGACAAACCUGUUCAAUGGCAUCUGGCGUAUUCCAGUAGAUGAGAUUGAUCGCCCAGGAAGUUUUGCAUCUCAUAUGAACCGAUCCAUUGUCCUCUUGCUGGAGGUGCUGUCUCAGCUUAAGGAUCACGAUACUCUGCUGAAAGUCUCUUUCAUGCUGCAGAGAACCCCUGACCAGGGAAAGAAGUAUUUGCGGGAUGUUGAUCGCCAGGUUUUGGCCAAGAGAGCAUUUUUCCUAACAGUAAAAGUCUUGGAGGACAAUCUGAACAGUCUCACAGGGGUGUCUGAGCCGCUUCACAAAGCGCCUGCGCCCUCCAUGGGGGAGAUGACCACAACAGACGCAUCCAGCAGGCCCAGUUCAGAGGACAGCAAACAUGCAGUGCCUAAAAAGCCUGGACUCACUGAGGGAGCCUGUGCCGCUGACACAGGACCCAGAGAGGGCUCCCAGGCACAACUCACCUCACCAAUGCCAUCAACGGAUAAAGGGAGUAAGGUUCAGGAAGGGACUGCUGGGAGUGAGGGGCACAAAGCAGGGCCAGAGGAACCCAUGGAUCUGGACCCUGGCCACUGGAGGAAGCCCUCUAAUAUCAGUGAUUCUCAGGGCAGCCAAGCAGAGGCCGAGACUUUAAGCGUCAGCGCCAUGGAGGCACAGCAGAAAACUGACAUCAGCCGGACACCAGAGCUGUCUUUAGAGGAACUAAGUAUCAGUUCCAGACAGAAGCAGCUUCAAACCUCUGCACCCAAGGUCACUGUGGCAGCUAGCGGGACCGAUCAAGGGUUACUGCGGAAGCCAAACAGGAAAAGGAAACUUCUCGAAGAUGUCGAGUCCGGAAAAACCCUACUGCUCGAUGCUUACAGGGUAUGGCAGCAAGGCCAGAAAGUCAUGACGUACGACCUGGGACGCAUUGAAAAGAUCAUGUCAGAGACUUAUAUGCUCAUAAAACAGGUUGACGAGGAUGUAGCCCUGGACCAAGCUGUGAAAUUCUGCCAGAUACAGUUGGCCACCUCCGCCCAAAGACAGUCUGCAGGCGACACCCCAACCACACCUAAGUACACCAAGGAUCACAGAGACAUCUUCUUCCCCACCUCCCUGCCGACGCCUGUCCUGCUCAGCCACUCCACCUGCCACCCGCUGUCCGCCCAGGACGGCCAGGCCAAAGGGUUGUACGAGCCCCUGAGCAAGCUGUCCAGACCUCAGACCUCAGGCUUCCACGAUCAGCCACAGCAGAGGCAGAGAGCAACCAGCCACUCCGCUGCAGCCAUGGCCUUCCUACCGCACACAGAGGAGCGGGAGGAGCCUUCAGAGGGACUUUUGUACAGGCAGCAGGAGUCCCACCUCUGUCAGCAGAUGAAACUGGCCACCGUGUCGCAGGGGCAGGAGUUGGCAGCCGGCUGGUUCCAGGAGGAAACUGCCACAUGUAGCACCACACAACCUUGCCCAGACCAGCAGCAGUACGCCAGCAGUGAGCAGUCAAAGCUUCCAGACCCCAACCGAAUCCGCUCCCGCGUCCCACCCAACAUGCCAAAGCUUUUUAUCCCUUCCACCGUCACCAAGUUCCCACCAGAAAUCACAGUAACGCCUCCCACGCCCACGCUCCUCUCCCCCAAAGGCAGCAUCUCAGAGGAAACCAAACAAAGACUUAAGAACGUCAUCCUGUCCUCCCAGUCUGCAGCCACAGUAAAGAAGGACACCCUGAGCCAGCCGGCGCUGGAGGUGCAGGAGACGUCCAGCCAGGAGUCGUCUCUGGAGAGCGAGUCUGACGAGGAGGACGAUUACAUGGACAUCUGAGCCUCCGAAGGCCUCGUGUGCACGCUCAAACUGAACUCUUGUCACAUCCCGGCCUGACAAACCAUGUGCCCCCCGUGUUUUUAAAAAAAAAAAAAAAAAAAAGAAGGAAUGGUUCUCGCCACUGCAGCUGUCUGUUGAUGCUAGUGCAUUACAAAAAAAAAAAAAAAAAAGCUCUCUCAAAUCGAAAACAAUGCAGUAUUCUCACCGGCUGUCGUGUCACAGUGUCGCUCUGGUUGUCGGCGGCGAUGGUGUGUGUGACAGACGAUGAUGGCUUUCGUCUCACAGCAUGUCCGUAAUGUGCCAUUUAUGCAUAUCACUCAUCAGCUUGAGCUCUCCUGCGUCCAGACGUACACUGGAUGUGGCAAAAAAACAACAACAAAAAAAAAAGACUCUCAGCCUUUAAAGCCAGCCAGUCCCGUGUUUAUGCAUCUUUUAUACGUCGUGUGCUAACUGUAUCUCCAAGCUGCAGCUAAAUGCUCGUCUUAAGAACUCAGCCAAACUGAGGUGCCUCCCGUCCGAGUGGCACCCGCCGUCCUCCACGUUGAGAGUUUACUCUGGCAUGAGACGUCCACCUCCAAGACACUUAGCAUUGGUACAUGAUAUAUUUCAAUGAACACAAAGGUGAAAUAAGGACAAUCGGCUGCACUCGAGGUUCGUCUCAUGACCUGUAGCAGAUUGAAAAUGUUUACACUUAACAUUUGGGAUGUUUUUCAGUUUGCACUUACCUUUGUGCUAUUUUUGUACUCACUGUAUUUCUUGUAAGAUUUUGUCUUAUACAUAUAUAUAUAUAUUUCCUUUGUGUGCACUUGUAGCUAAAAGGAACAGUUCUUACCAGGGAGACGUUCUGUCACCAGCACUGAUCUGAAAGCGGUUUUCAGUUGUAAGGAAUUAACUUUUGUACAUGUCACGAUCCAAAUAUCUUUCCAAUACGUUUGGCUUUAAUGAGCCGGAGAGAGAAAUGUGUGCAUGUGUGAGAGCGCAAACAUUUAGGACGGAGUCGCUUCGGUUCCCGUCAACUAAAGCAUCGACUCUGGUCCGACGGGGCGCUUCCGUGACCUUUUCUGAUUUCAGUGGCGCAUGCCGAGGAAGACUUUGUAAAAAACCGAUGCCUUUCCAAUGAAACCAUUUUGGUAAAUUUGUCAAAAUUCUAGCUAAACUCAGUGGAAGACAACAGAAUGUUUUUUACAGAUUGUUUUCUACAAAAAGAAAAGAUAUUUACUGAUUAUUAUUUCUGAAAGCUGUUUGAGAAUCAUUUUUAAAAAGGACACAAAUGAAUACUUGUAAACAGUCACCCUCGAUAUUUUUUUCCCCUGUAAAAUAGUUUUCUAUUGUUCUGCUGAGCUUCUGGGAAUGUACCACGGCUAAAGAGGUGACCGGGUUAAAAGUUGUAGCUCGGCCUGGCCCCUACUGGCACAGGCCGCUGGAGUGUAACUGUUCUCUUAUGUCUGGACUGAACGCAUUAUAGAUGUCAAACCAAAAAUAUAUUUGAGAAACACA